AUGUUCGCGUCGACGACGACGAUGUUCGCGUCGACGACGACGUUCGCAUCGAUCACGGCGAGGUUCCGUGGUCGUCCGACGCGCGCGAACGAGGGACGAACGCGCGCGGGGACGGGAGCGGCGUCGUUCGAGCCGCCGAGCUCGAGCGCGAGCGCCAAGCGCGUGGCCGAACUCCGAGCGGCGCUGGAGGGGGUUUUAGGGAGCGAUGAGGUGCGGGCGAUGCGCAAGCCCGAGCUCAGGAAGGCGUACGAGGCGCUGAUCUCGAGGAAAGGGGUGGAGAUGGAGAAUACGGAGGGGAUUGGAGGGGCCGAGCGCGUCGAGGCGGAGGCGAAGGCGGAGGCGUCGAGCUCGUCGAUGAGAAAGCCGCGGACGGUGAUGUCGAGUAAGGUGUUCGACGCCGUCGGUGUGUCGUCGGAGGAGAUGGAACGUGAGGUGAAAUCGAAUUUCAGCGGGACGGAGUUGACCUUUUUGGGAACCUCUAGCGGAGCGCCGAGUUUCACGCGAAACGUCUCGAGCGUGGCGCUGCGAUUGGAGAACGAGGUGUGGUUGUUCGAUUGCGGCGAGGCGACGCAGCAUCAGUUGAUGCGAUCGAAGUUGAAAUAUGCGAAGAUCACAAAGGUUUUCAUCACGCAUAUGCACGGCGAUCAUAUCUUUGGUUUGCCGGGAUUGAUUUGCGCGAUUAGCGGCGCGCGCACGGCGUACGCAAAGGCGCACCCGACCAUGGGGAAGACGGUGCAGCCGUUGCACAUCAUAGGCCCACCGGGGAUUCGGCAGUACAUCUACAGCUCGAUCACGUACUCCAGAUCGGUGCUCGGGAUGCCGCUCAUCGUGACUGAGCUUCGGCACACCGCGAGAGCGGGAACGCCCGGCCCACACGUAUCGGUGGACCCUCGAGGGAAGAUUUUCAUGGGAGAGUACUGGCCCGAUAACGCCUCCGAGCCGGUGCCGGCGUUCAAGGACGCCGGUUCUUGGGCCAAGCUCGGGGCGGACGGCCAGAUGCCGGUGUGGACGGCGUUCAACGACGGGACGUUUUGCGUCCGGGCCACAGUGCUUCGACAUCCCGUGCCGUGUUUCGGAUACAUCAUCGACGAGGCCGACGCGGCGGGACGCUUGGAUCCGGAGAAGUGUCGGGAACUCGGACUUCCUCCUGGAAAGGAAUACUCCAUGUUAAAGGAUGGGCACGCGGUAACCGGUAAGGAUGGACGAGUGAUUCGUCCCGAGGACGUCAUCGGAGCUGCGCGCCCGGGACGACGCCUCGUGCACCUCGGAGACACGUGUGACAGCAGUGCCAUCGUGGCUCUGGCUCAGGGCGCGGAUACCCUCGUCCACGAAUCAACAUUUAGCUCGGACAAAUAUCACGAGGCUCUGUUUAAGGGACACUCCACGGCACGAAUGGCUGGGGACUUUGCUCGACAGGUGCACGCUCGGUCGCUCAUUCUCACGCACUUCUCCAACCGAUACGCCGGAGGGGUCAACCGCGCGAAUUCCGAUUCGGAUGACCUCGGUGUGGACGUCGACGACGGAGAAGAUGACACCGAAGACAUGGCGCCGCCCGACGGCUCCGAGGGCGAGAACAUCGAGCUCCAUCACAUGCACGUGGACAGACUCGUCGAGGAAGCGGCGGAGGCCAAGGGGGACUCUCGCGUCAUCGCCGCGAGCGAUUUCUUCGUCUUCAACAUCGCCCGACGGGAGACGUUCGACGAUUUCGAUCGAUGCAAGGGUAACCGCGAACACUUGUUCGAAGGCGAACAGCGAACGCUACCCGACACCGUCAUCGCCGACGAUUCCGGGCUCGACGGGGGUCGCUCGAGGCACACCGACCGCUCCGCCGCGCGCUCAACUUCACGCACCCGCCGUCCCGUCGCCGGUCGCGCCCACGCCCGCGAUGAAAAGUAUUAA